GCAGUAUCCUAAAAGUCUCUCUUGUUUGCUGUAAAUUAAGUAUUUUUGGCAUUGCGUUUGAUUAACGUUGUUUUGUACCUGUCUCAAUGGUGAUGCAUUGUACAUGCCUUAAUUGAAAGAGUAUGUAACAAGAAUUUCUGGAAGUGUCCCCCGAUUACAUUAGUUUCUAUAAAGAAAUCUGAGGUAUUCCGAUUAAUACAAGAGAGAUAACUGUGAAGUACUUUCCUGUGGUGACGAAUUAGUGAUGGCGAUGAAGUGGUUAAUCGCGGUUUAGAAAGAACAGUUUGUUAAAGAUGAUUUAACAGAGCAUUAUGCGGUAUUAUUUAUAUCUUUGGAUUAAUAAUGAAAUUCGAUUGUAAAAAAUCAUUCUGUCCACAUGAACUCGGACCGUUCUUUGCUCUGGCUUUCAAAAAUGACAGCUACCUUCUGUGUGACAGUGUGUGUGUUCAUUAUAUUUACUGCAGUCGGUAACACUGUCAACUUAACAAACAAAAGUCAUUCUCUAAGUUCCUUUGAGACGCACAAUUCGGAUGGACAGUUUGUGAUCGUGUGCGAUGAGAAGGACAUUGUAUGUAAGCGAGACAAUAUCAGUCUAGAAGCUGUGUAUGAAAUCCACCGUCUCAUAGAUGAUGAUCAGAAUGGCAAUGUUGACCAGUCGGAAAGCGAUGAAUUUAUGAGAGAUGAACUUCAGUACAAGGAUGGUUCAAAUGAGAGGUUGUCCAUUUUCCAUGGCAAUGAUAAGUUGAUAAGUGUGGAGGAUUUAUGGCAUGCUUGGAAGAAAUCGCAAGUUUACAACUGGACGGUUGAGCAGGUGACCGAUUGGCUGGAGAGACAUGUGGAGCUCAAUCAGUAUGUGGCUACCUUCAACUCCGCCAAAAUCGAUGGCACCAUGCUACCAAGAAUAAUAAUUACUUGGACCCGCGGCAAUAGUCGCAUUGCAAUUCAGAAUAACAACUUCACAAGGAAUGUCUUGAAAAUUAAAAAUGCCAUUCACCGACAGAAAAUUUCAGUGAAGGCCAUGGACCUCAUCCUGUUUGGUCCACCAAAAGAAAAGCCUAACUAUGUGAAGGAUGUGAUCCUGAUUACCUCCCUUAUCAUCGCUUUAAUGGGAUGCAGCAUUGCCUACACAUUCCACAAAUCCUCCAAAUUUCAGAUGAAGAAGGUGAUGGAGGAGAUGGAGAACCUACAGAAAGCUGAGGACUCCCUGAUGCAGCUUCAGGAUAAACUAACGCAAGCAGAAGAAAAACAGAAAUCAGCAUAUCAAGAAAAAGAAACCUUGGAAAUGAGAUACCAAGAUGAAAUUGAUCUGGCCAAGAGAGAGGCAGAAAAACUUAGAAAAGAGAGAGAAGCAGGAAAGUUGGAGGAAAAUUCGGUGCUUACUCUGGCAGAGCAGGAGCUAGAACAGGUGAGAGCAGCUCUUCGGAGGGCAGAGAGAGAACUGGAGAAAGAAAUCCGCUCCAUUCCACCAGAACUUCAGGAAUGGCUACAGCUGACAUAUGAAACAGAACAAAUGUACUUCAACAUCAAGAAGAGGGAGGCAGAGAAGCAGUUGGAACAAGCCAGGGAAGAGUGCAAAAAAAUUCAGAAGAAGAGGGGGGCAUUGUUUGGACCUCUUAGGAUGGCCCCAAGUAAUUCCAUCGACCAGUUUGAUAAUAAAAUAGAUAUUGCCAGACAUGCUCUUGAUGAAGUAAGGAAAUGUUUAACAGAGAAAUCCCAGAGAUGGCAUAAUAUAGAAAUGUUGUGUGGAUUUCCCAUCAUCAACAAUCCUGGGAAAGAACAACUGUUACAAUCACUCUUUCUAGAAACAGGUGGAAAUAAUGUCAGUUACAAUAUCCAACAGCUGGGGAGCUUGAAUGUCGAUGAAGCGGAACUGGAUGAAGAUCCACAGUUCGGCUUGCCUCGGCCCAAGUCAGCAGCCAUGUUUUAUUCAUCUUCGAUGACAAAUGGUUAUUCACGACCAUCCCUGUACACAGGGUACAACAUGUCUGUACGACCACGACCGAAAGCCCUGGUGGGUAGCAGUUCAUCACUGGCCCGGGUGGGACAUGCUGGCAGCACAAAUUCUCUGAGCCGACCUGGGCAUAUUGGCAGCCGUUUAGUGGAAAGUCCGGUAUCUCUGCUGUCUGAGACAACGAGCAUCGUUUCUGAUUCAGAUAGAGUUCUGUUCAACCUGGAUGAGAGUUCAUCAGAUUCACCAUCGUCCUCCGAGAUGGAAAAACCCACUGACAAUACCCGUACAGAGGACUCCGACUCGGACUCCAAAGGGACCAAACACAGCUUUCCUCUCGUAACAAACGGAGGAGUGGUGAAUCGGCCGCGAUCAGCCACGCACGAGAGAGAACGAGACAGUACGGGGAACAACAGCCUGCCUUCCAGUUCACGACUGAUAUCCCACAAUUCCAGUCCCUCACUGAUGCCAAAGUCGCAGUCAGAACUCAACAUGAAACUAAUGGUGACCUCUGUGAGUGUGGACAAUAGUGAAAAACUUGAUUCAGAGAGACAAGAAAACAAGAAGAAACGAAAUCAGUUCCUCAAACUGUUUAAAAAGAAAAAAGCAUAGCAGUUAUAAGCAGUAAUGUGAUGUAAAUCUAGGUCUACAAAUAUGAAGGUUUCUUCUUCAGGUUGGGGAUCAGAAAAUAUCAACACUAACAUAAAAUGUAGUGUCAUAUUCAAUCCUGGAAUUCCAUGGUAGAAGGUUAAAGGAUAAUUCACCCUGUAAGUUCAGCCAGAACAAGGGAGAUAAUCCUGGCAGUGUUGUAUUACUCGUUCAAAACAUCAGUUUUAAAAACUGGUUCCUCACUUCUUUUUGACUGCUUUUCAUUCAAAUUUUGCAAUAGUUGAAGGAGAUUUUUAUAUGGUUCUCAAGCUUUGUGGCCUUAUUGCGCUUUUUUCCCUCUGUUUCUUGUGAAAUAAAUCAUGUGCAGGUUUUACCAGUCAUAGUAAAACCGUUUUUGUUCAGAUCAUAGAAUAUGUGGCAUGAACAAUUUUUUAUGACAGUGUUCUGGGUUUUUGUUUGUGAUUAAUAAGAUAUUGCAGUUGUACUCUCGAUUCUUGUCGUCAGUGAUCUCCCCUGAAUUUUAUUCACAUUUUGAUGUCAGUUACCAAUAUCUGAAAUGAAAUCCUAACCAGUAAUAGAAGAAUAUCUAAAUCAGUUUUUCAACUUAGAAGAAUUUUAUGUAAUAUCUUUUAUCAGCGUUUCAACUGUUAGGUUUUUUGACAUUUCCUCUCAGAGUUUUCCUUUUAUGUUGCAGUGUACCUGAUAUAGUUUUUAGGGGAAGUAAAAGGCAAACUAGAUUGUAAUCUAUGACACUCUUUAAGUGUUUGUGUGCUCGCUUAGUAAUUUUCACAAUUACUGCUCCACGAUUUUAAAGAGGCUGUAUUGAACCACUAUAUGAUGCAUUUAUCUCUACAACAGAGAAAAAAGGUAAACGCUGGGGUUUGGGAAACACUUGCUGUUGAUCUUAGUCUAUAGUAUGCUUUUACACAUAUUUUAACCACUUUCUGUAGACACACCUUAAGAUGAUAAAUUACCAAAACUACAAUAAUAGGCACUCGGAUCACGGAUAAUGUAAAUAAAUACUAUAGAGGAAAUUCGAACUGUAAUAAAAACUUUUUUUUCACUGCAUGGUGUAACUGUUAGUUUUCUGUAGUUUAUUUGGCUUGAUAUUUAUUAGUAUGUCAUCAAAAUGAUACAUUUAAAACUGUAUACUUCAAAGAAAUUUAGCAUACAAUGGAGAAAGAUAUUUAUAUCCUCCAUGAUCCGUGUGCCUAUUACUAUGAUGUGUAAUGUACAUUAACACUCUUUGCUGUAUUGGGAAAUGUACAAUGUGACCUCUGUGUUUUCUUUUAUUGACCUGUAAUUCCAUGGCAUUUUUAAUCUAAAGCAGUCAAAUUAGAAAUUUUAUACAUUGAAACCUUCCAGAGCUAUGUACCAUUUCUGUCUUUAGGUCACAGUGUGAAAUUAGAAUGUGACGAUAUGGACUCACAUAUUUACAUGUAUUGUUUGAUUAGCAAUGUAAAUUAUACUAACUUGUUUACUGGUAGUAAUUCUUGCACUAGCACCUGUUUGUAUAGGGGGCGAUGGAGUGAUGUGCCAAAUUCCGCAGGGCUUCGAUUUGUAUUGUUGAGAUCCGCGCAGGACAUGCAGGUUUAUUGACUGUGUACUGUGAUUUAGUCAACGAAGAGAGUGUUUGGGUGUUUUAGCUUUAUAGGUACUGUAGGCUGUGUAGACAAUCAUUUGUGUUCACGCAUUUUUAUUUCUGUCACACAUGCAGAUUGUAAAUGGAAAGAAGGUUGCAACAUUCCUACCAGGUACUGAGUGCUUUGUGUGUUAGCUCAGCUUGGCUUAUUUUGAUUCCAUAAUUAAUACAUAUUUUGUUAAUUAUUCCACCUCUCCAAUAGAAAAUAUUUACAUGGGAUUAGAUAGAUGUACCCGAGUUCUCCUACAUUCCUGCUGCCUAAGUUAAUUAUCAUAGAAAUGUUUGUAAGUGGUAAUUGUGCAGAAAUUUCAUUUCUCUCUGUAGUACCAAAUGGUGAUGCAUGGCAUUCAUUCGAUUAGAGUUCAUUAAAGAGUCUCGUUUGGCUAUUUUGGUAUAUUAUGUGCUGUCCAUUAAAUGAGUCUCGUCCUGCCAUGAUGCAGAUUUUAUUACCGAAAAUCUAUGGGUUAUGUUCAAUGACCUAUCUGAAAUUCUCUGUGUAAUGCUUGCUCUUAAGCUUAACUAUCCAUUGGAUAGCAUUUUAAUAUGUCGUAAAUCCUUGUAGCUUUUUUAAGAAUUGCAUGAUGAUAUGCAGGACCUUAAAUGUCUUACAUGCUAGUGCUAUUGUCAAUGUCUUGGGUAAUGAAUAAAGCAAAAUGUCCGCUUGUUCUUAUGUGUAGAAGUUCCUUUACACCUACCUCCAGACCCCUGUUCAGUUUAACCCAAUGGUAUAUGACCAAUAGGCAUGGCUUUACAGCCAUUAGAAAUAAUGCUGUGCAUAUCCUGUCAAGCGUGACAGAAUUACUUCUUAUUGUGUGUUGUUGAUUUUACUCUCAGCUGUUCAGAAUGCUGACUAUACACAGGAUGUACUGCUCCAAUAGCUGAUGGAACUAAUAUGUUUGUUAUAUGUUGUUUCAAAGAAAAGACCUAUUUUGUGGUUAUUUUUUCACUUCUCUGUUAUUGAAUUGUAAAUAAAAAUCACAGUUUAUUAGUA